ACGGUCUACGUGGUGAGGAGUGGAAUCAUCCUGAUUGUGCACCUAUCACCAUGGUGGAGACCCGUACUGGGCUAGAGACUAACCCCUAUAGCAAGGAGCAGCAAGAAAAGAUGGCCGCCUUAGUCAGAGAGAAUAAGGAGAGAAAAGAGCGCGAGAAGCAGGCGAAGCUAAGGGCUAUCGCAGACGAGCAGGCGGCGAAGAUGAAGAGGUUGGAGGAGGAGAUGAAGAGAGUGCAACAAGAGGAGGAAGAAAGAAGGAAGGCUGCUGAAGCAGAAGCGGCAGCAGAAGAAGAGAAAGAGAGAAUGAGAAUUGAGAGUGGAGAAGGGAGCAGUGGUGGCACAAUGAAGUGGGAGACAGUUACUGAGUUGGAGAAGAAGAUCAGCGAGUGGGUCGCUAAUUUAUCGUUGGGGGAAGACGAGGAGGCAGAGUCAUAUGUGACUAAGGAUGAGAAGGCUGCACUGUCCGCUGAGUUAGCAGCCAUGACGGACCCGAUGGAACAAAGAGAGAGGGAAGACGAGCAAAAGUUAGCAUGGAAGCAGAGAAUGAAGAGGGAGAAGAAGAGGAUGAGAGAGGAAGUGAAUAAGAUGACCGCAGCAGUGGCAAAGGUUCAGGAGUGUAGAGCGGAGGUGCUGGCCCAGCUAGAUGAUAAGGCCAAGUGGGACAAAGUACUGGGCUAUCUAGAGGUGUUGAGCAAGGCCUGGAUGGAGGAGCGCCAGGCAAGCUGGAGCCACGAUGUAGCGUUGAGUGCCAUGCAGUCCAGGUUUAGGGAUUUUGCGCGCAAAAUCGUCACCCACAUUGGGGGCGAGGUCAAACAGUUGAGGGACAACAUAGGGAAGUUUUGUGAGGGCGCCAUUCAGGGUGCCAAAGCUGCAGCCGCUGUAGAAGGAGAGGGCAGACCCCAUAAGUUCCCAGACGCGUACGGGGGAACGAAGGACGAUAACUUUGACAACUGGGAGGCCAGUGUCAAUAGUUAUAUCUACUUACAGCACAUCCUAACGGAGGAACAAGUCCUCGUGGCCUUCCAGGCCCUCAAAGAUGAAGCAGCUAGUUUCGCCACGUCUCUUGCGCGUACAGCCGGUUGUGAAAACAACCUGGUUGCAUAUUCCAAAGUCACUCCUCUUUCCCAAUUCCUCAAGCUCCUCAAGGAGCGGUUCGCUGACCCAACGCGAGGCAUUAGAGCCUCUGAUAAGCUCCAAAYGAUCCACUCCCGGCAGUGGAGGAGUGCCAAGGCACUCAAGGGUACCAUGGACGACUUGGUAGUCGUCCUAGACCACGGGGUCACUGAGCCCCAGUUGGUCCAGUUGUUUUAUCGUGCCAUUCCAGAGGCCCUACGCGGGCAUUUCUUUGACAAAUCUCCGCAGGCCGGCAUGACUUACGAUGCAUUGAAGGCACGUACAGAUUUAGUAAUACAGAAGUUCUUUGACUUUUGGGUUAGUGGGAAUGGAAUCCCAUUGUCAAUAGUUAGUGAUAGAGAUAGUCGUUUCACCAGCCAGAACUGGCAAGAACUCAUGGGAGUCUACGGAUCUAAGUUGUUAAUGUCGUCCGACCGUCACCCAGAGACUAACAGUCAGACAGAACAGAUGAACAAGAUCCUACAGCAAGUUCUGCGCAUGUACAUUAGACCAGAUCAGAUUAACUGGGAUGAGAUGUUGCCCAAGGUCGCUAGUGCGUACAACAACAGAGUGCAUCUAUCCACCUGCCGCACUCCCAAUGAGUUGCACAAGUCCUUUAGACCGCGCAGACAGUUCGAAGGACUGAACCGGGAUCAGAUUCACAGAUUACCGCCCGGCACCAGGGAGUUUGCGAUACAGCACGAAAAGGAGCUAGCCACUGUUGUUGAGAACCUUCGGAAGGCCCAACACAAAAUGAUAGAGCAGGCUAACAAGCACCGUCGCCCAUCACAGUUUCAAGUAGGCGACUUAGUCUGGGUCAAAGCAAAAGAGUCUGCACCGCAAGAAAACAUCUCGCAGAAGUUACUGUCUGCAUAUAGAGGACCGUGGCCGGUUCUAGAAGUCAAGGGCGGAGAGGAUGGACCGUCCUACAGCAUUGAGAUUCCAGCACACCUCCACACAUACCCUGUGUUCCAUGCUUCAAAGCUGCUGCCCUGUGUCACUAGUCAACAGUUCCCUUCCAGGAGAUCCAUGAUCCCACCGGAUAUGGAUGGGAGCUAUGACAUAGACGGCAUUGUAGAAGAGGAUGUGUUUAGGACAGGAGGUAGAGGUCGUCCCCAGAAACAGUAUAAGGUCCGGUUUGCUUAUCAGGAACCGGAAGACGACCGUCGGUUCACGAAAGCAGAACUUCUAGAGUCUGCUCCCGACAUAGUCAGAGCCUAUGAGCGUGACAAGAAAGGUAAAGGUCCCGCCUUGGACUGAAAUUUUCUCGGAGGACCUCGAAUUUAGGACGGCGGGAGUGAAACGGUUUUCACCUUUUAG